AAUCUCUCCAUAUGCUACCCCCAGGUCACAUCAGCCGUUCCUGGAAAACACAUCAGUGUUGUUUUUCCUCAUUAUAACAGUCACUGUCAUCAGCAUCCUGUGAGUUAAGAGCAUCAGGGUGGGUCUGUAACCCUCUCAGUGUCCCCUCUGCCCCCAGCGAAGGACGUGAAGGGCCCACACACGGAGUGAAAGAGGGAGCAGGGUCUCCGUGUGUGUGUGUGUGUGUGUGUGUGUGUGUUUGUAUGUGUGUGUGUGUGUCACUGAGAAUGUGGGAGUGUGUCGGGAUGGUUGUGAAAUCCUGGCUGAGACGAGAAAGUUCUCGGAUGCUCAGCAGGAAGAACCGGAGAUAGCGAGAGGCGCUCAUCCAUCAGUUGGAUGAACUGGGGCUGUUUAUAAACACUGGGCUGCUGGGAAUGUCCUAAUGAGACUGUAUGUUGCUAUCUCACUCUGUAGAAGUCAGUCAUUACUUAAACGCUUCUACGCUCCCAUUUUCAAUUUGUGUUCAACAGGCCCAAACUGUUAGAUAUCGACCGUAACUGUUGAUCUUAAAACCGUGAUGCACUAAUCUAAUGGGCCGCACUGACUCAUCUGUGUGACGGGACAACAUUAUCGACCCCUGUGUUUAAACUGCAUGUGAGACCAAAGACACGUACUGGUAAGUAUUUGAGUUAACGGUUUGGGUUGGCUGGGGCUGUUUGUUCUGCGUAUGUGUCUCUUCCUGUGCGCAUUUGGCAAGUGUUGGACGUCAGGGGUUCAACUGCUGUCAACAUCACGAGUCAAGCUGAGAUCCAGCACGCGCAACAUCAGAGCCGAGGUCCAGACGUGGUCAGUGAAGCGUGGCGAUCUGACAGUAAAGAUGAGAGAGGGGACAGAUCCCGGGAUGAGCAUGUCCAUCGGCAGCUACCUUUCUGCGUCUGACGCGUUUGACAUAACAGAGCCUCCGCAGUACUAUGAUGUUCUUGUGGAUCCUUUGGGCUGUUCUUACCAGGAUCCGGAUCUACAGAGCUCUAUCUAUGGCCAGCAGACGUUUAGCCCCAUCAAUGUGCAGUUCUCGAUGUACGGUGCUCCAAACGGUCAACCGUGUAACCCGCCCUACCCCUACAGCCAUCAGUGUUCUGAAUACACAUUUGAGCCGGACGCAGAGGUCCAAAGCCUGGGAAGAGGCAGCGGUGUCGGUCUUCCUCUGAUGAAAAGACAAAGGAUGACCCACGGAGCUCGAGUGAAGGGCCAAGAUGAGCUGUGUGUGGUGUGUGGUGAUAAAGCCUCGGGAUAUCACUAUAAUGCUCUCACCUGUGAGGGCUGCAAAGGUUUCUUCAGACGCAGCGUGACCAAAAAGGCCGUGUACCGCUGUAAGAGUGGCGGCAGCUGUGAGAUGGAUAUGUACAUGCGCAGAAAGUGUCAGGACUGCAGACUGCGCAAAUGCAGAGCCGUCGGGAUGCUGGCAGAGUGUCUGCUUACUGAGGUCCAGUGCCAAUCUAAGAGAUUAAGGAAGGGCUCCAAGCACAGAGGACACAACGGGUCAACACGCGGAGCUGAAGAUGAUGACUGUUCUGAAAGCAGAAGUGUCUCAUCUACCACACGGGUAUCAUCUGGUUUUUCUAGAGAGCAGAGAUGCAUUCUGAAUAAAAUUGUUGAGGCUUAUCGUAGAUACAUAAUUCAAGACAACGUCAGUUGCCGGGUGCCUCUGUGGUCAAGUUUAACGAACAGUGUUGACCUGACCCCCCCGCAGACAGAGAAGCUUUUACAAUUUUCAGGGAGUGUACCUGGGUUCGAGCUUUUAGAAAGUUCUGACCAGACCACGCUCUUAUCCAGCUCCUUAGUUGAAGUCAUGUUCCUGCUUCUCGCUCAUCAGUUCUCAGACAACCCCACAAGUGUCAGCACUGCUUUACAACCUGGAAGUCUGAAUAACUUAAACUCUGACUGGGUAAAAACUUCCAAGAUUGGGAACAACCAUAGGAUGGCACAUUCAGGACUGAACGAUGAGCUCUUGAGGUCGGUGGUAAAUUUCCUUCACAGCAUGGUUGCCAUUGCAGUGACAGAGGCUGAAUAUGCACUUCUUACUGCGACUGCAGUAUUGUGUUCAGACAGGCCCUCUCUGCGUGCGGUGGCUUGUGUGGAGAGCUUACAGGAGUUUGUUUUGGAGCUGUUGUCCAGACUCUGCUGUUGUAAUCCAGGUGCAGCUCAGGGUCCACGACGCUUCGCCCGUCUCCUGGGUCGACUGACAGAACUGAGAACACUACGACACAAUCAACUUACUCUUCUUCCACAACAUCUCUGGGACAUGCAGUCCUGAGACCGCCUGUAGAGAGAUUUAUACAUUGAUUAUUGUUCUAAACAAAACUAGUAAAAGUCAAAUGUACUGUUGGUUAUAUGUGCAAAUGAACAGUUUAUUUCCAAAAUGCGAUAACUCCAUCUUAAAAUCAUGUUUUUGUAUUGUGCGUUCCAAUUAAUAUCAAUCAAACUGCAGUUGGUUUGUUUUGAUUUAAGCCAAAAUAACUCAGAAUUCAGCUAACACAAUAAAACACAAUAAAAACAUGAUUUUUUAAUUUUUUUAAAACAGAGGUGUCUCAUUUUGGAAACAACUCUUCAAAUAUAGUUUAGCUAAAAAUAUGUUGGUAUGCAAUAAAUAAAAACUCUUCCU